AGAACCAGUCGAAAUCGAAAAUCUGUUCUUAAAUCAAAAAAAUCCCGGCAACGAGAGGAAUAGGUACAUACCUCUCUCUCUCUCUCUCUCUCUCUCUCUCUCUCUCUCUCGUCGUUUUAGCAUUUUUUUGGGGACUUGGGGUCCCUGCCGCCCUGGAGCGGUGGCUUUCAAGGCUCUCUGCCUUGGGCCGGCCCUGUUCCUGAGACUUUGAGAUUUGUUUUUUUCUCAUUGCGAAAUUUUACUGGUAUUUUGUUUGUAUGAUUGGUUUGCCUCCUACUAUAGCAACAAGUGCUUGGGUGAAUUUCUUCCUUGCUAAUAUAGAACUUUCUCCAAACAAAUUGGGGUUAAUCUCAUUUCUCGAAAGCCAUUAUUCUAUUGAGGUGAAUACAUUGGAUGAAAAAAUCCCUUCAUAUUAUUGUAAUGCCAUCCAAAUGCCAAUAAAAUCGCGAGAACAUUUGACAUAUUGGGGAUGUUUUGCCCACAUUAGAAAUAGCACAAAUACAAAAGGCUCAUAGAAGAUCAAUAGCAGACAAUAGUUCCAUCACAGAAUCAACAACAUGAAAACCCCAUUUGUAAAUCUCAAUCUCUGUUCUGCUUUUCAACUUCGGAUGUUAACUUCUGAGUUCUUACCAUUGGCAAUAACUCGAUGUUUUCUAGGAAAUGAUAAAUAGGACUGGAUUAUCCUCGUCAACGAGUUCUUAGUCGUUUCUUUGUGACCUCAACCAAUGUUCUGACUGUCCAAAUUGCAUAUUAGAACUAUGAAAGAAUUCAGAAGCAACCGGGAGUUCUUUGCCUCUUAUCUUAUAACUGAGAUGCAUGGAAAUGCAGCCAUAUGUCCUUCCUUUUUCCCCUCCUUUUCGUCUCAGUAGAGGCAAAAGGUAUAAUAUUGGUGUACUUUUUGCUGAAGAAUGUUUGUGAAAAGCAAAACUAGAAGCAAAAGUUGAAAGUAAGAUAACAAUGGGAGCUUCAACUGGAGCAAAGCUUUCUGGGAUGCAGAAGCAGGUGCUUGGUCUAUAUAGAGGGUUUCUGCGAGCAGCACGUACCAAAUCCCCUGAAGAGCGGCGCCAAAUCGAAUCAAUUGUGUCUGCUGAGUUUCGCCGCAACUCCAAACUAGUUGAUCGCAAGAAUUUCAUCUAUAUAGAGUACUUGCUUCGUCGAGGUAAGAAACAACUUGAUCAGCUUAGCAGCCCUGAUACAGUUGGAUUGUCAUACCUCAAUGUAUCUAAUCCCCAAACCAGAAACUCAUAAACCAAGAAAUGUUAUGGUUGUCACUUUGUUAAUCAUUGUCUCCCAUUAGUCAUCCAGUUGUGCUAUUUUUUGUUGAUUGUUGUAGACAUGGAAAAAAAAGUUUUUUAAUUGGUUACAUGAUAAUAGAGAAGAAAAUCAUAUGAAUUUGUCA